AUGCGGGCCUCCAACAUUGUUAUUCUUGCUUCGGGGCUCCUGACCUCGCAGGCUUCAGCUGGUAUUUUGUCUAGCUUGGUUUGUGCUACCACAGCCCUUUCUACCGGCAUGAUCUGCCAUGGCACUGUCACUCUCGUCACUGGCGGGGUCGGCGCUGUGGGAUGCCACGCUGUGGCAACUGGAUUGUUCAAGACUUGUGCCUUGGCUACACUCCCCGCUCCUUAG